CGGCACUAUUUGUGGCCGGCGUGGUGGAAGGACACAGUGAGGUUCUCACCCCCACCCCCCGCUCCCAUCCCCAGUUCCAUCAAAGCGAACCCGGGCCAGCGCAAGGAUCUCCGAGUUGCGAGUGUGCUGAGGCUGGGACUGUCACUCAUUCUCCGCUCAGCGCGUGAACGCAGCUCGGCAGCCGCUGGCAGGAAACAAUUCUGCAAAAAUAAUCAUACUCCGCCUGGCAAUUGUCUGCCCCUAGGUCUGUUGCUCUGCCGCCGUCCACACUCGCUGCAAAGGGGGGGACACAAUUUACCGCGGCAAGAACAUCCCUCCCAGACAGCAGAUUACAAUGCUGCAAACUAAGGAUCUCAUCUGGACUUUGUUUUUCCUGGGAACUGCAGUUUCUCUGCAGGUGGAUAUUGUUCCCAGCCAAGGGGAAAUCAGUGUUGGAGAGUCCAAAUUCUUCUUAUGCCAAGUAGCAGGAGAUGCCAAAGACAAGGACAUCUCCUGGUUCUCCCCCAGUGGAGAAAAGCUCAGCCCAAACCAGCAGCGGAUUUCAGUGGUGUGGAAUGAUGACUCUUCCUCCACGCUCACAAUCUACAAUGCUGACAUUGAUGAUGCUGGCAUUUACAAGUGUGUGGUCUCUGGCGAGGAUGGCAGUGAGUCCGAGGCCACUGUCAAUGUGAAGAUCUUCCAAAAACUCAUGUUCAAGAAUGCACCAACUCCUCAGGAGUUCAAAGAGGGGGAAGAUGCUGUGAUUGUAUGUGAUGUGGUCAGCUCUCUCCCCCCAACCAUCAUCUGGAAACACAAAGGCCGAGAUGUCAUCCUGAAAAAAGAUGUCCGAUUCAUAGUCCUGUCCAACAACUACCUGCAGAUCCGAGGCAUCAAGAAAACAGAUGAGGGCACUUACCGCUGUGAGGGCAGAAUCCUGGCUCGGGGGGAGAUCAACUUCAAGGACAUUCAGGUUGUUGUGAAUGUGCCACCCACUGUCCAGGCCAGGCAGAGCAUUGUGAAUGCCACCGCCAACCUGGGCCAGUCUGUCACCCUGGUGUGUGAUGCAGAAGGCUUCCCUGAGCCCACCAUGAGCUGGACAAAAGAUGGAGAACCAAUAGAGAAUGAGGAAGAUGAUGAGAAGUACAUCUUCAGCGAUGACAGUUCUGAGCUGACCAUCAGGAAAGUUGAUAAGAACGAUGAAGCUGAGUAUGUCUGCAUUGCUGAGAACAAGGCUGGCGAGCAGGAUGCGUCCAUCCAUCUCAAGGUCUUUGCAAAACCCAAAAUCACAUAUGUGGAGAAUCAGACUGCCAUGGAGCUGGAGGAGCAGGUCACUCUCACUUGUGAAGCUUCAGGAGACCCCAUUCCAUCCAUCACCUGGAGAACUUCCACCCGAAACAUCAGCAGCGAAGAAAAGACUCUGGAUGGGCACAUGGUAGUGCGUAGCCACGCCCGAGUAUCAUCCUUGACCCUGAAAAGCAUCCAGUACACAGAUGCGGGAGAGUACAUCUGCACGGCCAGCAACACCAUCGGCCAGGACUCGCAGUCCAUGUACCUUGAAGUGCAAUAUGCCCCCAAGCUACAGGGCCCUGUGGCUGUCUAUACUUGGGAAGGGAACCAGGUGAACAUCACCUGCGAGGUAUUUGCCUACCCAAGUGCUACAAUCUCCUGGUUCCGAGAUGGUCAGUUGCUGCCAAGCUCCAACUACAGCAAUAUCAAGAUCUACAACACACACUCUGCCAGCUAUCUGGAGGUGACCCCAGACUCUGAAAAUGAUUUUGGAAACUACAACUGUACUGCAGUGAACCGCAUUGGACAGGAGUCCUUGGAAUUCAUCCUUGUGCAAGCAGACACCCCAUCUUCACCAUCCAUCGAUCAGGUGGAGCCGUACUCCAGCACAGCACAGGUGCAGUUUGAUGAGCCAGAGGCCACAGGUGGAGUGCCCAUCCUCAAAUACAAGGCUGAAUGGAGAGCACUGGGUGAAGAAGUGUGGCAUUCCAAGUGGUAUGAUGCCAAAGAAGCCAAUAUGGAGGGCAUUGUCACCAUCAUGGGCCUGAAGCCAGAGACAACCUACGCAGUCCGACUGGCAGCCCUCAAUGGCAAGGGGCUAGGCGAGAUCAGCGCAGCCUCCGAGUUCAAGACGCAGCCAGUCCAUAGCCCUCCUCCACCAGCUCCUGCUAGCUCUUCUACCCUUGCUCCAUUGUCUUCACCAGCUACAACCUGGCCUUCUCCUGCCCUUACAGCCACAGAACAGUCUAAAGGGGAGCCCAGUGCACCUAAGCUCGAAGGGCAGAUGGGAGAAGACGGGAACUCCAUUAAGGUGAACUUGAUCAAGCAGGAUGACGGCGGCUCCCCCAUCAGACACUACCUGGUCAAGUACCGAGCGCUCUCCUCCGAUUGGAAACCAGAGAUUAGGCUCCCAUCGGGCAGUGACCAUGUCAUGCUCAAGUCACUGGACUGGAAUGCCGAGUAUGAAGUCUCUGUGGUGGCUGAGAACCAGCAAGGAAAAUCCAAGCCGGCUCAUUUUGUGUUCAAGACCUCAGCCCAGCCUACAGCUAUCCCAGCCAACGGCAGCCCCACAGCAGGCCUGAGCACUGGGGCCAUCGUGGGCAUCCUCAUUGUCAUCUUUGUCCUGCUCCUGGUGGUUGUGGACAUCACCUGCUACUUCCUGAACAAGUGUGGCCUGCUUAUGUGCAUCGCUGUCAACCUGUGUGGAAAAGCCGGGCCUGGAGCCAAGGGCAAGGACAUGGAGGAGGGCAAGGCUGCCUUCUCGAAAGAUGAGUCCAAGGAGCCCAUUGUGGAGGUUCGAACCGAGGAGGAGCGGACGCCAAACCAUGAUGGAGGGAAACACACAGAACCCAAUGAGACCACACCGCUGACAGAGCCCGAGCUGCCUGCUGACACUACAGCCACUGUCGAGGACAUGCUGCCUUCUGUCACCACCGUCACCACUAACUCUGACACUAUCACCGAAACCUUUGCCACUGCUCAGAACAGCCCCACCAGUGAGACCACCACCCUGACCUCCAGUAUUGCCCCACCAGUCACGGCUGCACCAGACUCAAAUUCUGUGCCGGCUGGCCAGGCCACCCCUUCCAAGGGGCCCGGCAUUACCACCUCCUCCCCAUCCCCAGCCUCAACCCCCAAGGUCGCCCCCCUUGUUGACCUGAGCGAUACCCCAACUUCAGCCCCUGCUGCCAGCAAUUUGUCCUCUAGUGUCCUGGCUAAUCAAGGAGCUGUCCUCAGCCCCAGCACCCCAGCCAGUGCAGGAGAGGCCUCCAAGGCCCCUCUAGCCAGCAAGCCGACCCCCACGCCAGCCCCCACCCCAGCAGGGGCAGCCAGUCCGCUAGCAGCAGCGGUUGCCCCUGCCACAGAAACCCCCCAGGCCAAGCAAGAGGCUCCCAGCACCAAAGGCCUGGACCCAGAGCCCACCCAGCCCGGCGCUGUGAAGAGCCCGCCCGAGGCAGCCACAGCCCCUGCUAGUCCGAAGAGCGAGGCUGCCUCCAUCAGCACCACAAACCCUCCCCAGGGCGAGGACUUUAAAAUGGACGAAGGGAACUUCAAGACCCCAGAUAUUGACCUUGCAAAGGAUGUUUUUGCAGCCCUGGGCUCUCCUGCUCCCGCCGCUGGGGCCAGUGGACAAGCCCCCGAGCUUGCUCCUUCCACUGCAGACAGCUCUGUGUCACCUGCACCAGCAAAGACCGAGAAGGGCCCAGUAGAAGCAAAGUUGGAGUGCCAGGAGUCAGAAACAAAGCCAGCGCCAGCCGAAGUCAAGACGGUCCCCAACGACGCCACACAAACAAAGGAGAACGAGAGCAAAGCAUGAUGGGUGACAAGCAGCGAGCAAAGAUCAAAAUAAAAAGUGACACAGCAGCUUCACGAGAGCAUUUCCAAUAUCAUACACACACACACACACACACACACACACACAACACAAUCUCAUUCCUCUAGUGUCUUUUGCCUUUAAAAAAAAAAACUAAACAGAUAAACAUGGGAUCUCCUUUUUGUAGGUUUAUAGAAAGGGCUCCUUUGUUGCGCACUCACUUGUAAGAAAAUGAGACAAAAAAGUUAAACCCACAGCCAAACUAGGACACUCCGUUCCCUGAAACCAUUUAAAAAUCAAACAAAAGGACCCCAAAUUAAGAAUCUAGGAAGCUCAGAAAAAAAAAUCUAGGUUCAGGAAGACCACACUUGUUGUUACCCAAUUGGCAUAGACCAGUUUCAGAGAAAUACUUUCAGGCACUAAGACUAACCGAAUGAACAAAGUCCACAGUUUAUUUUUAUACUUUCAGUCAAGUUCAAACUCUGUAAAACCUCAUAAAUAAGUUAUAAUUUCUGUUCACUUUGUAUUUGUUCAGUAUGCAAAGUGUGUCACCCUUUCUAGCUGAAUUCAGUUCCCACAUAGACUCUUGUUUUGUAGGAAGAAUGCCAAAUUGCAGCUUCUGGGGGUAGAUCUCAAUUUGCAGUAUUCAGACUUCUUUUGCUUUCUUUUUCUUUCAUUGUGUUGUUUUUAUUUUAUUUUUUCCUUCCUUUCUGCCAACUUUGUUUUCCAGUGUUUACAAGUUGACAAAUGUUUGACUUCGGUUGUGUUUAAAUGUCCAUGUAAAAUAGUUGCCUUUUUUUUUUAAGUAACAAAUACCGCCUAAAGGUUGGUGGGAUCAUCACAGGCUUGCUUUAGCACAGGGCACUGAGAUAAAAGGUGAUUGUUUACAGUGGCUCUUCCCCCAUCCCAUUCUGAUUUGCAGUUUUUUGCCUGUGUCCAAAUCAGGUGAAAAUCUGUCUCAUUCUAGGAUGGUUUGGCCUUUUGAGUUUGGGUUCUUUUGUGUUUCAUUGGGGGUUAGACCACUUUCUGAUUAGCUGCCACCUGGCUGUGUCUGUGACAAAGGAUCUGCCUCCCAGGCGUCCUCGCCCUUCCUUCUGAAGGACUCCUUAGGCUUUGUUGAAUGAAGCAGAGAGGAUUGUAUAGUUGGGGCUGGUCUUGGUGAACACACAUUUUUACCCCAAACAUCCCCUUUUUGUAGAAAGUCAGAUAAAAUAUAUACAUACCAUUUCCUUUUGAGCCCAGAAUCUAGAUUUGAGCGGAAGAGCAUGUGUGCUUCAGGGAAUUAGUGUCUUUUUUUGGAAAUCUGUUGAAGUAAAGUAACAUCAGCCUUCUGUUCACUUAGGCAGCAUUUGUAGAAACAAAGAAAAGAAAACCUACUGUCUGGAGUCAUAACACAAUUGUCCUGGAUUGGAAACCAAGUGGGGGAAAAAAUACAGAAACUUUAAGGGGGAUGGGAGGGGGGAGAAGGGAAAAGCCAGCCCUUUGUAUAGAAAUUUUGCUUUUGUUUCUCAUUCUACUUUAGAACUGCAAGCUUGUGCACUGUGGAUGCGUGAAUAUUUUAGUGUGAAACGUGUUUUUGUCAUAGUAUUGAAAUAAAACUUCAACAUAGUUUGGUUGUGGAAGGUAUAGCAGAUAGUUCAGAAAAAUAUUCAGGAAACAAAAAUAACUUAAAAGGAAUCGAAGCCUUUAAACAAAGAAAAUAAAAUAUAAAUGAUGAUGAUGAAGAAGAAGAGGACGCUAAGACAGCUGAAAUUGAUCCUCCGGCAUGCGUUCCUUUCCAAAGUGCAAAGCAGCAAGAGGUUAAGGUGGCAAGACCACCUCUGCAUCCACUCUGGGCCGCACACCCCCAUGUUCUGACGCUUCUGCAGUCCAAUCGGUGGCAAUGGUAGAUUAUCAUUUCAAACUGUGAAAAACAAUGGUCUUGUCAUUUGCUAAAUGUGGGGUUAUUUUGCAUUUUCUCAGCUCCUGGGGAUGGAAAUGGAGGAUCCCAGAACACACAGUCCUGGCCCCUUUGAUUCUAGGGCCUACAGAGAUCUAUAGUUCAAAGGCACAGGCCCUUGGGAAAAAGCAUCGAAGGAAGACAGCUCUUUGAGCACUGGCAGAAUUGGAAAGUGGGCACCUGAGGCGGAGAGGGCAUGGUGGUGAUGGUGGACACUUCUGGUCACCGGGCUGUUCAGUGGAAUCAGUUUCUCAUCUUAAGACCUUAGUGGUUUGACCAGUUAGACCAAGGCCAGGCUAUACCUCCUGGAGACCAUGUGUUUCACUCUUAAGUGGUUGUGGUUGGGCAAACCAAUUUUGGCUCUGAUGGUUAGGUAUAGUCAGCCCUCAGCCAACCUGGCCUAAUGCAGCUGACCAUCCCCCCAGAACCCUGGCCCCACCAUCUGCUGGUACCCAAGACUGCCCACGCUUCAGUCUGCCUCUCUCACAUUAGACAUUUAUUUGUCUCAGCAUGCAUGAGCUUUCCUUUCUUUAUUUUUUAGCGAUCAAUACUUUCUCUAAAAUCAAAGAGUCACUUUAUUUUCAAGAUGUCCUAUCUUUUAUGUUAAGAGAUAAAAGCUUAUGAUUUUCCUUUUUAAAUUCUCCAAAGGAGGCAUCAACUCCACCAGUUUCAGUGUCAAUGUGUCUAUAUGUGUAUGUGCCAUACAUAUGUAUUCACAUAAAGACCGUCAUGGCCAAGUUCUGCGGGAGGGCACUCGGGUGCCAUGAGCAGGGUCUCCCACUCCUGAAGGGCCGUGGUGUAUAUAAUGCAGCUUUGAAGUGGAACUCUAUUUUCACACUUUUCUAUGGAACCUCCCAUGUCCCAGCUUUUCACCCUAGGCUGUCUGUCUGAAUGGUGGUAUUCAGACCUCCAUUAACAUCCCUACCCAACAUUCUGUACUUUGGGGGCCUUCUCUCUUGUUAUAAAACUUUUUACCAAGUGAAACAUCACCAUCACCUUUGUUUCCAUUCUCACUGGUGUAAAUACUGAGUACUAACUGAGAAUUUUGACUUUGCAUUCUGUCAGAAUACUUGUGUUCAAUAAAAACUGAAAGAAAAAAGCA